GUGGCACUAUAAAGCUCACUGCUGAUUUGUAGGCUUCAUUAAAACCUGGUCAAGGCUUCAUCAAUUCUCCUGACUGGCAUCCUCCUCUCAAACCUGCGCUCUGAACUUCUCACUCUCUCAUCAGCAGCACUUGUUAUUUGCCUGACCCCUGCAGUGCUUCAGCAACAGUCCUCCAAGCUGAUUCUUCUUAAAGAAAUAUGAAUAUACUGGGCAAGGUUGCGUUCUUGCUUUUGAUCGGUGGAAUCUGGUGUCAGAACAACCGCAACAAUGCUAAACCUAGUGGUAAGUCCCCCAAGAAGUCUGGUGGGAACCAAGGAGGUGAUGUUGGACAGUCUCCCCCCGUGGUCAAUCUGACUCCUGGUAGCACUAGAGGCACUGGGAGUACUGGAGGCACUGGAGCCACUGGGAGUACUGGAGGCAGUGGAAGUACUGGAGGCAGUGUAAGUACUGGAGGCAGUGGAAGUACUGGAAGUACUGCAAGUGCUGGAAGUACUGGAAGUGCAGUAAGCACUAAAGGAGCAGGAAGUACUGGAGGCACAGAUGAAGCCACACGUGAGGGUGUUGCAGGAGUUCGAGCUGCUGGACAACAGACAGCUGAUAUGAGAUUGCAAUUCCUCAAGAACACCCAAGUUACAUGCAAUGAUGGAUCCGCAGCUGGGUUUUACCUAAAGGAGUUCAGAGGAAGUCGCCGAUGGCUGAUAUUUCUGGAAGGUGGCUGGUGCUGCCACAGCAAAGAGACCUGUGAUUCCAGGUACCAAAAUAUACCCCGACUAAUGAGCUCAACGGGGUGGCCCCAAACAAAAAGAGGAACUGGAAUAUUGUCUUCUCAAGCAGAGGAAAACCCACACUGGAAUAAUGCAAAUAUUGUAUUCAUCCCGUACUGUUCUAGUGAUGUAUGGAGUGGCAAUGGGCCUGCCCCAACUCCUCCUCCAAGGCAGCGACAAGGCAGAGAAAAGGAAAGAGAUAGAAAUACAAAUGCAACUGAGUACACCUUCAUGGGUUCCCUGAUUAUCCGCGAGGUCAUCAAAGACCUCAUCCCCAAAGGAAUCAAACUGGCGAAGGUUGUCAUGCUGUCUGGCACGAGUGCUGGUGGAACAGGUGUUUUGCUGAACAUCGAUAGGGUGGCCAGUCAGCUGGAGCUGCUCGGUGCAGAGGCUCAGGUCCGAGGCCUUGUGGACUCAGGAUGGUUUCUAGAAAGUAAACAGCAGAGAUCACCAAACUGCCCAGAAACUAUCUCCUGCUCACCUGAAGAUGCUAUCAAGAUAGGACUUCGACUGUGGAAUGGGGUUGUGCCUGACAGAUGUCUGCAGCUCUAUAAGAGAGGAGAGGAGUGGCAGUGCUUCUUUGGCCACAAACUGUACUCCACCUUGACCUCCCCUCUGUUUGUGAUGCAGUGGCUGUUUGAUGAGGAGCAGCUGAGAGUGGAAAACAUCUACAUGGGCGGUCAUAGUCUGUCAGAGGAGCAGUGGCAGUACAUACAGAAUUUAAGCAGGGAGCUUAAGAACUCACUUAGAGAGGUCACGGCUGUGUUUGCUCCGUCCUGCCUUUCCCACACAGCGAUCACCAAAAGCAACUGGAUGAGUUUCAAAGUUAAAGGCACCUCUUUACCAAGAGCCCUGCACUGCUGGGACAGGAGUCUGGAGGCAACCCGCAACAACAGAACCCCUUCCAAAGGCUGUCCAUUCCACCUGGUUGACAACUGCCAGAGGCCCCAGUGCAACCCCACCUGCCCAGCCUUGGUGGACCAGACCACCCAGCAGGAGCUCACCCUGUUCCAGAUGCUGGUUGCUAUGGGACUUGACCUCCAGAGGCUGGGCCUAGAUCCCCAGGGAGAUGCAGAUGCUCUGGCCAGCAUGGUCAGCAAUGGUGGCUAAGUGGUAGAGCAGGGUUUCUCAAACUUUUUCAUACCAAGGACCACUUAACCAAUAAAAAAACACUUGCGGACCACCUAA